CACCUUUACGUAAUCCCAGAAUAAUCUCACUUUUCCAUCUCAUCUUCUUUGACCUGUUGAUGAUCUUACUAUACCAAGUUUUUUACCCUUUAUUUGAAAACCUUAUAUAAAUGAUCUCAUUUUUCACAAAUCUGCUCAAAAUGAUCUCAUGUUUCAUUUUUUCUUUUUUACUCCCUAAAAUUUUUCUUUCUUUAUUUACAUCCCUAAACAUUUUAUUAUUACUUUUUCUAUUGUUUUGUUCUCUCAUGAAGAUGGGGUGCAAAGUUUGGUAAAUGAGAUUAUUGUCUUAAAUUUUUUAUUUCUCGUUCAAACUUAUCAAUAACCGGCUGAUUCGGGCCAACCCGACCCAAUUUGCAAUCCAAAUUUGGAGGAUACUUCUCCUAUCUUUCGACCAGGUCAUCUGUCUCACUUCCGGCAAUCUCUGGGAAGAGACAGCAUAUCCGCAUCUGAAAAAUGGCUCUUCUAGUUAGAAACGCCCGCCAGUUAGCCCCGGCGGCGCCUUUUAUACAACGGGCAGCCACGAUCCACACCACUCUCCCGGUCUUCUCGCCGCAACCGUCGUCCACACCGACGACAUACACACGCCCUCCCCCUCCGUCGACUUCCUCUCCGUCGGGCCUUUCCAAGACGGCUGAGUACGUCAUCUCGAAAGUUGACGAUCUGAUGAACUGGGCGCGUCGCGGAUCCAUCUGGCCCAUGACAUUCGGCCUCGCUUGCUGCGCCGUAGAGAUGAUGCACACCGGAGCUGCGCGCUAUGACCUCGAUAGAUUCGGCAUAAUUUUUAGGCCCAGUCCGCGUCAGUCCGAUUGUAUGAUCGUUGCCGGAACCCUCACCAACAAGAUGGCCCCUGCUCUUCGCAAGGUGUAUGAUCAAAUGCCGGAACCAAGAUGGGUGAUAUCAAUGGGAAGCUGUGCAAAUGGAGGAGGCUACUAUCAUUAUUCAUAUUCAGUUGUGAGAGGGUGUGAUAGGAUUGUCCCCGUUGACAUCUAUGUUCCGGGCUGUCCCCCCACUGCAGAGGCGCUUCUCUAUGGACUUCUCCAGCUGCAGAAGAAAAUCAACCGCCGCAAAGACUUCCUUCUUUGGUGGACAAAAUGAGGAAGAGUGAGGGAAAACAAAUCUGUCUGCAUGUUUAUGGAAAAAUAAAUUGUACUGCAUAACGUUUCGUCGUUUCCCAUGUCUGAGGCAAAAGUAUCACAUUAUAAGCUAUGUGGAAGCUUUUUGUUGGACUGUUGAUUGAUGAUGUAUUAUUAUCAAUAUCUGCAUAUGUUUCUCAUGGUUGUUAAGAACUUUGAUACCCCGUAUAUUGAAAGAUAUGUACUUGUAAUGUUACUACAAUACUACUUGAUUGAUUGAUCUCUAUAUUAUUGUUAUUAUGUUACUACUUGAUUGAUUGUAACAA